GAUCAAAUUUAAAUUUUCUUUGAAAAUACUUACAUGGAAUGACAUAAACAUUAUGACUAGGAAGGUUGAUGAAUCGAAAGCCCUCACAUGUGAAUAUUUCAGUUGUUUCAAGCUCAAAUUAUCAGCUAGUACUGCGCUGACUAGAUGUCUUUAACUGGUUUGAUUAUGUUUACUGGAGACUUUUUAUUUUCUUUUCUGGAUAAGCAUCUGCAGAUGACUCUGCCUGAAAAGGCUGGCUGAAGACAGGUACAACCAUUAAGACAGUGGUGAGGAUCUCAUGCAAUUAGUUGGUGAAAAAUGUCUUAUCUCCUUAUGUUUGAUCCGCCCGCUUGCUGAAACCAAAACCUUAGAUAGCUGGGAUAUUAAGUGCACUGUUAAUGGCGGUGGAUCUACAGGUCAAAUUGGAGCUAUUCAACUGGGUAUAUCACUAGGGCAUUGCAAAACUGGGAUCCACAUAUGCGGACAGCACUUGGAGCCGGAAUAGAAAACUUCAAAGAUCUAGAUGAAAACGAAAUUGGAUAAGCUCUCUACCGCACCUUCCAAAUUUGGCAAGCAUGGUCCUAUGGGUUUGCGUAAAGACUUUCCAUAAAAGUGCAAUGAAUGGAUAGGAAACGCUGUUGAUAACUUGUUGUAUUCACUUGGAUGCCCUCUUUUACAUUACUUGCAAUAGAAGCAUCGACUUCUCUAUAUUUCUUCACUCCCACUACAAGUACUAAUAAAACUAAUAGUUUCCCAUCAAAAUCCUUGGAUAUCCCUAUUUCUUGCAAUCUAAACAAAUAUUUCUUUUAUUUACCUUUCGUUUCUGAUAAAUAUAUCACAUGACGAACUACAUAAUAAAAUCAAACCAUCUUCUUCUUCUCGUUCUCAGUUUCUUCACCCAACAUCAUAAACCAAAAGCUCUCUACUCGAAGAUAAAAUAGAUUUUGCUUCAUCCAUGAUCUCAAGGAAUAUAAUGGGCAUAAAAGUUUCAUCAAAGAUCAAAAGGCUUCUUGCAUCCUCAGCUUCGGGAAAUUCAAGUCCCGAAGAUGGUGAUGACGUGGACGUCAGAGAAGAAUAUGCAAACGCCUUCCGCACAGAAUCAUACAAUCAGUUCUGGACACGUGUCAUUAGUUUAAACCGCAAAAAGUCCACCUUGUCUCCUCCUUCUUCACCGAUCGAAUCAUCCUCCACGUCAGCUCGUCUCAUGUCAUACCGCCUCUUCGCACAUAACCUGCUAGAACCGGAUCCGAACACCGUUACUAAGAUCCUGGUUCUAUCCCGGGUCGGACGACCCACCCGUACUCUUCUUUCCGAUUACUUCUUGGAGACGGCAAACGCUUUCUUGCUUUGCACGCUAUUACUUAAAAACAUUCAUCGUCUCCGUUCUAAGUACGAAUCUCUGAAACCGAAAUUUCAGUCGGAGACACAUAAUUCGUUGGCUUUCCUUGACCAAUUCACGGAGCUAUCAAGAUGGUUCGACCCGUUUAUCUCGUCAGGUUCUAGGAUCCAGUUAACCAGAACCGGCUGCUUAAGCCUGCUAAAACGGAUAGAGUCGAGCCGAGACAAGACACGAACCAAACUCAAGCUCAUGAACGGACUAAGUCAUAGCUCAGGCCUUCUCGUUUUGGCUCUAACCACUACGUUGAUUGUUACCAUCGCCUCCCACGCCUUUGCUUUGUUCAUAGCCGGUCCGACCCUUUUAACCGGUCGAUUCAAACCGGUUGGUUUAAGGAAUAAGCUAACGAAAACUGCGGCUCGUCUCGACGUGGCUGCGAAAGGUACUUACAUCUUAAGCCGCGAUUUGGACACGAUAAGCCGGUUGGUGACGCGGAUUAAUGACGAAGUGGAGCACGUACGAGCCAUGGCUGAGUUUUGGGCUGGGAGAGGAUCGGGUCGGGUUCGAGGCGGGGAAGAAGUGGCCCGAGAGUUGAAGAGAUGUGAAGAGAGCUUCAGUGAAGAGCUUGAUGAGCUUGAAGAACAUAUCUACUUGUGUUUCAUGACUAUUAACCGAGCAAGGAAUCUUGUUGUAAGAGAGAUUAUGCAUCCGGAUGAUCCACCUGAUUGUUCAUUCGCUCCCAAAUCCAAAUAA